UAUGGCUUGGGUGCAUAUUUUAAAACUAAUUUUUUUUUAUUUAAUCGAGGGGUCCUAACAUGACCACCAACUGUUUUUUCAACAGGCGCCAAAAAUAUUUUAAAAUUAUUAGUGCUACAGAACAGUGUUUAUUUACUAAUUAAUUAUUACUUUAAUUAUUACUAAGCGGUCAAUGGUCACUAAGAAAAUUUUUUGGAUAUUGGGACAAUGCUGGCCCAAGUUCUAGGACUUAUAGAAGGCUGUGCUAUCAAACCUUACCAAUAUAGAAUAGAAAGAAUUGUACCUGUUGAUGGUGUCAUUACUUUGGUUAAAUUAUACAAUGUUUUGUUUUUAGGUUCAUGUCCUGUGGAUGGUGGAUGGGAUGAGUGGCGACCAUGGGCUCAAUGUUCAUCAGCACAUUGCACAAACAGAGGUUUCAGAAGUCGAUACAGAAGUUGUACAAACCCCCCACCAUCUGCUGACUUCGAUCUCACUAUGUUUGGAAUCGCAGUUGUUACCUAUAUAAGCGCAUGCGCUAUUUUUGUACUCUUACGUGCUCAAUUUUCUUAGUUUUCUAGCAAUUUGUAAUAAACCGACCUCGAAGAGGUUCAAGCCAGUCCGUGUUGUUGUUGCCUUAUACGGUCUUGCUCACUCCGAACUUGAAUAGUGAAUACACAACUUCGAUUGAAAUGACGUAAACAAACCAACACACGUGACCCUUCUCUUCCUUUUCCCAAUUUUUGUGGUUUCAAUAUCGACUUGUCUGGAUUCUGAUCACCGAUUGUUCUGUACGUGUCGAGACAUCAAUUGAAAGAAGUAGUUAUUUGUGUCCUUGCGAGCGCGCUUGGUGUAAAGAAACCACGUCAUAAUUAGAUCCAAUCGGAAGUUUUUUAAUUGAUUGCUUGAAACGCGGUCGAAUAUUUUACCGACAGUAUAACCCUUGUCAAAAGCCACGCAGAAGUUUAAAAUGCGAUUGAGUUUGAUUAUUAGCGUUGUUUUCUUGUUCGUCGCCAAUUAUUGGCUGCUUCUUGCAGAUGGCCAGGCUUGCUUCUUCGUAUUCUCGCGAAGGAAUAUUUAUGACCCAAUGAAUGGCAACUGUCGAUAUACAAUGGGUGGCCUUCGAAGAGAACGUGGCGUUUUCAUCAAAUCGUUUCAUUCGUGUUGCAGGAGAAAAUCUGCUAGUGCAUGGGGUUUCCCCUACCAUUGCACGUCAUGCAGAAAGAUUAGAGGAACGUGGGCGCCAUGGAGCCAUUGGUCACGCUGCAGUCAAACCUGUGGAAUUGGUUCUCAGAACAGAAGAACAAGGUGUAGUACUCACGUUUGCGCUGGAGGGCGAAGGCGUACUAGAUUCGAAACCAGGCGUUGCUUAUGGCAACCCUGUUGUCCAGUUGAUGGACAAUGGGGCCCUUGGUCGGCCUCAAGUGGAUGUUCCACAACGUGUGGGAUGGGAAUCGAAUUCCGUUCGAGAGUUUGCUCUUCACCAGCCCCAUCGUGUGGUGGACAGCAGUGUAUAGGUCCAAGGAAACAAUUUAAAGAUUGCAGUGUGGGGGAAUGUGCACAAUGGGGAGCGUGGGCAAGCCAAGGAACAUGCACAGCAACUUGUGGAAAUGGAAAAUUAUGGAGAAUUAGGCAUUGUGUUCUUAACAGUGGUGGAACAUGUGAAGGCCAAUCACAGGAUUAUAUUCCAUGCAAUGAAAGACCUUGUGAAGAUGGUUCUUGGUGUGCGUGGGUUUCGUGGGGAAAUUGUGAUUCAGCUUGCCAAGAUAUGGUGGGAACAAGAAAAAGAAAAAGAGUUUGUGCGUGUCCUGAACCUGUGGGUGACAAUCCUGCCUGUAGUGGGGAGGAAGAAGACACUUCUACUUGUAGAGGAAUCGGUAAUUUAAAUAAAAAAAUGAAAACUUUAUUUCCUACUUAAGUUAGUUGCACUUAUAUGAACUUAAACUAUACAAAGCUUAUAUGGCUUGGGUGCAUAUUUUAAAACUAAUUUUUUUUU